AUCACAGGGAGGGGUUCAAGUUCAACCCACGGGUCAACUGGUUUUCGGAAGCAAACGUUUGCGAGUCCGGAGAGGACGAUGAGAUUGGUUAACCAUGCUCUCAUUCUGCUACUAUUGUUCACAUCCUUCAUUCUUCUAGUUCCAUAUGCCUCUGGAAAAUCUAGUGGAGUUUGCAUUUCUCAGGGUGGCCGUUUUCCCCCAUUCCCAGAUGAAGGGAAACCCCCAAGAAAAGUGAGGAAGGGACCCAGAGAUUUGACCCUUUGUAGGGUAUUCCGCAGGAAGACAUGCUGUGAUGUAACCCAGACUCAUCCUGCUUUUGUAUCCAUUAGGAAGCUAGCUUUAACAGGGGAAGCAAGCCAAGAGUGCUUGCAAUUGUGGGAGUUGUUGGAAUGCUCCAUAUGUGAUCCACAUGUUGGUGUACAGCCUGGUCCCCCUGUCAUAUGUGCUAGUUUUUGUGAUCGAAUAUACCAAGCCUGCUCUAGUGCAUACUUCGCUAUGGAUGCAAUGACACAGGAAAAAAACGAUGUUUCUGGGGUUGCAAUUGAUGUAUUACUUACUAUCUUACAGGUUCUAGCACCAUGUGGAGUAGGUGACUUUGUCUGUGGUAGAGCCUCCGAAUGGAUCUCUAAUGGCACAGAGCUUUGCCGAGUUGCAGGUUUUUCUGUUACACCACCUAAUGAGAUUGAAGAAACAUCUUGCUAUGGUGGGAAGACCAGUCUAGAUUCCAUUGCUGAUUCAUGGAGUGCCUCGCAAUCUGGGAUGCAACAGAAAGCUGAUAACUCGGGAGUUUUGGAAGAUUUUCAGCAGUGGCUGAGGGAAAUGCCAUUUAAUGAAAGAGUUUCCUGGGCAGUAGGUGGAAUGGUUCUAACUGCAGGACUUCUGUUUGCAAGUAAAAGGAAGAGCCAUAAUCAGCGCCAGAAGAUAGCUGCUAUUCAACGCACUGCAAGGAAUAUGGAAGCGAAGAUGAACCAGAAGUUUCAAGUUAAUCAAGGACCUAGGAAGGUAGGUAGAAGAUAGAUGCGGUUUUGUCUGUGAACAUAUUUUCACCUGUUUAUUACAAAUUAUUCGUGCAGAUAUUGCUACAAUUCACAUCCUUGGUUUUCUUUCCUGCCAAGUAAAUGAUAUGCUAUAGUUGGCUUUGCAAGAUGUUGGUUCUUAAUUGUAGCUUUGAAUUACGUUACAGCAGGUAGGGUUUCUGUUUUUCACAUUUUUGACAACAGAAAUGACAGCAAAGUUCCUAAGAUGAUAAAUGAUGGAUUCACUGUCUCUA